GUUUCAUUUGUGCAAAUGGAGUGGACUUUGUGCCAAUGUCAAAACAUUGGCACUCCAACUCAACCUACCUGCAUGCAUAUAAAUAAUUUAUUUACAAAUUUGCACAAGUCUGGAAUCCGUAUAAAUAAAACCUAAUAACAAAGAAGAAAUGAGUUUGAAACUGUACGUGCAUCCGUUGUCUCAACCAGCACGAGCUCUCUUGCUCUUCUGCCGUGCAAAUUCCAUACCUUUUCAAGAGCAUGUGGUGGACCUGAUUAAAGGGGAGCAUAAACGAGAGGAGUACAAGAAGGUCAACCCAUUUCAGAAGGUUCCUGUGAUUUCCCAUGAUGGAUUCCUACUCACCGAGAGUGUGGCGAUUCUGCGUUACUUGUCAAGAACUUUCUCCGUUCCCGACCACUGGUAUCCAAAGGAGAGCGAAUUGCAAGCCAGAAUAGAUGCAUACAUGGCUUGGCAACAUUUGAACCUCAGAUCUUACGGUUCUAUGUACUUUCAAACGGGCUACGUCAUCCCAAGAACGUUUAAGCAGCCUGUAAAUGAACAGAAAUUGUCUAAAUUUGAAAAAGGGUUGGAAACAGCCUUGGACGAAAUUACAGAUAUAUGGCUUAAAGAUGGACCCUUCAUUGGAGGAGGAAAACAGAUUAGCGUUGCGGAUUUAUUGGCUGUAACUGAAAUGGAACAACCAGGAAUGGCCGGAUAUGACGUAAAAACGUACAACAAAAGGAUUACGGAGUACAUGAAUACGGUUCGUGAAAUCCUCCAGCCCCAUUAUGACCAAAUACAUUCUGAAUGUCACAAAAUUCAGGAAAAAGCUCUUAAAAAAGCCUAAGUGUGUGUUACAUAAUGACUUGACUGGUAUAUAUUAAUAAACCUGGAAUGUACUUAAACAUGUAAUAAAAUCAGGCGUGACCUAAUUCAUGCAGUA